GUAUGGCGCUGGCAAUCACAUGGUUUAUCCCUUCUUCUCCGCAAGUUCCAAAUGUAAGCAGCGAAGUGAAGUCUGUGAAGCGAAUUGUAUAUUUGUAUGUCAGUGCGCGUGCAAUCGUACUAUCUUAUAAGCAUAUCUACGUCGUAUAUAUCUAUAUUUGUAUAUAUUUAACUCUCACAAGUGCGCCGCGAUACGCCUGCGAGUACGCGCAGUCGAACGAACGCUUUUAUUUUUUCUUUCAACAUUUUCUCCUUGUCUCUCUCAUACGCUGCAGUGCAGUCUCACACGACAAAUGGAGCACUGCUCCAGCAGCAGUCGCAACGACGAGUAGCACUGUAGCAGCAGCAGUGUGUUUGUUUUCUGUGGAGCGCGCAAGAGUCUCUCUCUCUCUCUCUCUCUCUCUCUCUCUCUGCGUACUGCAACAGCGCAUGAUCCAAGUGCAUCGUUGUGAAAAACAGCAGUGCAGUUUGGGACGCGACGAGUGCGACGACGGACGGACAGACGGACAAGUGCUUGCGUGCGCGUUUAACGAUAACGGAGCGAGAGACAUACAAUAAUACAAAUUCUCAGGAUGGACGUCGACGAGUUGGAUCAGCACUUGUUGCAGCAGUUCAGCUGCCUUGGGACAACCGACAAGGAUGACCUCGUCAAGCAGAUGCAGAAGGUCCUGGUUGGGAAUCAACUCAACGAAGCCGCCGCUGCCUUCCUCCUGGACAUGAACAACUGGAAUCUGCAAGCAGCAAUUUGCAGUUACUUUGAUUUUGAGACAACACGAAAUUUACCAAUGAUGACGCUAAUAUGCGAUUCCACGAUUGGUGAAGGAGAAUCUGUUCCACCUAACACCAAGUUCAGAAAAUCAUGGCAUGUACAAAACAGUGGAGCAGAACCUUGGCCUGAGGGUAUUUUUUUGAACUAUACAGGUGGUGCACAAAUGGGAGAAUGCACAAGAGUACCAGUACCAUGUUUACCUCCUAGACAAACCGUAGAACUUGGUGUUGAUUUAACGAGUCCUUCGGAUACAGGUGUUUUCCAAAGUAAAUGGAGGAUGAUGACGUCAAAUGGUUCCUACUUUGGGGAUAUAAUAUGGGUGAUAAUAACAGUUAGCGAAAGUGGUACCUUGGCAGUCACUCAACAACUCCACCAACUUAGUACUUCACAAUCGAAUGACGAGCAAAUGUGGUAGCCCUAGAUUUUACAACUUGUUGCGCGAUGAUAAGAUCCUUAUUAUGAUUUUUUUUUUAAAUACCAAGUAACAAAAAAAUCUGUUAUCCCGUAGAUUCGAACUUUUAUUAAUUUCUUAUCUUGAUUGUCAUUUUAUGCAAACAAAUUUUAAUUCUCUUUAAGUGUAAUAAUCCAAAAUAUAAAUAUCCUUUUCUUAAAUUAUGAUGAGAGUUUAUAAAUAAUCUAAAUAAUGAUUAAGUAAUAGAUUAUAUUUAUAACUAAUGAUAAUAAGCAGAGAUAAAAUCAUAUUUGUUUUUUGAAUGUCUAAAAUAAUAACUAUUACCAAGUUCAGUCGAAUUUAUAGUUUUUAAGGAUUCAAGUUUGGCCUACAAGCAGUUUUUAAACUUGUCCAAUAUUCUUGAAUACCUAUUUGAUUCUUUUGAACAAUUAUAGAUGGAGCUAUCUCUAUCACUAAUUGUGUUCGUAUCAGCCAUAGUUGACGCGGGAUUUAAGCUAAUUGUGGUCAAAAUGCAACUUUAUUGUGAAUGGAAUUUGACGAGAAAUUUCUUCUAUUGAAUUUAAGAAAAAAACUCUCAUGUUAUGUUUUGAAUGCUAAUUUGUAAACGAUAUUUACACAAGUCAAAUUUAACAUGAUAUCAAGGUAUGAGUUUAUUUAUUAAGAAUAUAAUUUUAUUAGAAAAUAAAAUCUAGUUAUUGCUAAAAAAAAA